AUGGAAAACAGUCAACAACAUAUUGCCACGGUAAAUACCACCCCACGUCCUCCCUGCUCGCUGCUCUCUGCUUCUAACAUCAAGUGUCUUCAGCUUUGUGCCAUCGGCACUAUUGGCAUCGCAGCGACUGGUUUGGCACUGGGCACUUCCAAUGGGGACUCAUUUUUGAUCAAGCCUGGCAAGAGGAAGUCUCCUGGGUCCAAUGCUACCACGCAGUCUCCUGUUUCUCCCUCCCUCUCUUUCUCUGCGCGUCCUGCCACGUCGCAGCCCGUCUCUUCACCCCCUGCCAUGCCAGACAGGACCGAACGCCGCAUGUCCACGUCGAUCUUGAGAAGAAAAACGAUUCGAGCAGUUACACCCUCCACAACUACGAGCAAUGGUACCGAGUCCCGCGAGAGCUCGGUCAGCAGACACGGCAUCCUUCGCCCAUGGACAUCGGACAGAGAACCUUCGACGGAGAGAAAAGAGAAUAGCAGACCGGGUUCCUUCUGGUUACGACGCAUUUCUAGCAUUUCACGCGGUAACCAUAGCAGUCCCGCAUCGUCCUCAACCAGAUUAGAUGAUUCACCUAAUAAUUCAAGACCAUCACUUGGGGACAUGGGCCAGCCAAACAAGCUUGUUAAACGCUCGACUUCCAAGAGGCUUCUCACCGAGGCUCGAGAAACACCUGCUCUUUUACGCCGCCCAGCAACAAGCCACCAAAGAUCAGCAACGUUCUCCGGGUUACCAUACACCCGGCCACUCACCACCGAAUCUGGCCUCCUUGCUGAACAACCAGUUCAGUCAUCACGAAUAUCCACAUGGAGACCUUUCUUCGAGCCAAGUUAUUCUAGGAAGCGGCAUUCAGCUGGACCAACUCGUGAUUUAUCAACUCGCCUAAUAUCUCCCACCCCGGGAAUGCCACCUACAUUACUGUCAGCGAGCGUCAUCGAGCCUCGGGAGACAACGAAUGACGCAGAGGACCAACUUCUGAUUCAGUCUGACCCCGCGGUACCCGCCACUGGUCGACGACAUAAGAUCCGUCGAACUCUCAGUUCUGUACGGAGAGGUAUCCCUCAACGCCACUUCACUGAUCCCAUCGUCCGAGUGAAUAAGGAUGAGGCAUACGGGAGUAUUGUUCCGCCAGGAGGGCUGAAUCAUCUCUCACCAGUAUCUGAUGUUUCAGCCUUCGAGGUUCAACUGCCUCAUGGCACACCCAUCUUCACAUCAAGUCCACCACUUUAUGGUUCGUCCCAUCAUCGAUUUAUUCUUCCCAAACGGAGUUCGGCUGCCCCUUCAGAUCCCACCACGGCUAGCUCUGAUAACGACAUAAGAGUAUUUACAGACGAUGACUCUAUGGACUUCCAGAGUGAUACAGCUUACGAUUCAUUGACCACAAGAGCCACUGCUAGCAGCCAUUCCGGUUUUCGUCAGCCAAAGAUAGAGACGAUAUUUGACGAAUUAUCCACGGAUCAUCAAGAAGCUGACUCCCCUCAAACACCUGGCUUGGAAGAUUUAAUGCAACGAACCACAUUGAAUGAACCAGGUCCAGGCUUCAGUGGCCUAAGUCCUCGGGCCACAGCUGUGGGUUUCGGCAUUCAUGGUCUUGACAGGGACCAGGACCGUUCAACACGAGACAUCAGCCCUGAUCAGGCCUCCACCCCUGUAAAAGGCCCCCAUGUGGAUACCGAGGAUGCUGUUUCAACCCCAGUGCCUAAAAGACGACGCAACACGGGUCCCAUCUUCAACUCGUCCCCUCCAUCUAUAAGAACAUUCAACAAGAAUCCGCAGGAUGAACCUGAACUGCCGAGGAUGAUGGACCUGGACUCUGAUCACGGUGAAGAAGACAUUGAUUGGUCUCCUAAAGUUGAUGAUCACAGCCAGGAGGGUCAUGUGAGAGUGAACUUGUCUAACCAGCUAGCAAUUCGCUUCGAUCAACUCUCGGAUGACGACUUCGAUGAACAACGAUCAACGAAACGAUCUUCCAUCUUUGAUUGGUCAGAGCACCAAAAACUUGGUAGUGAUCAAUCAAAGGGUGUAAGUCCCCGGCCAAAGACGGUACACGGUAAACAGGGCAUGAAAAAUGGACGCAGUCGAGCUUCAGGGCGUAAAAGUAAUGCUGCCAUGCAUCUACGUAGCCAGAGCGUCCCUACCAAUCGUGACAGUUUGACUGAAGCUGAUCUGCCAUCAUCAGCCACUAAGUUUGGCACUUGGGCCCUUGGUAGCAAACCUGUCAGCGAAGAAUGGAGCGAUGACUUUGAAUUUGACGAUAUGGAUGAACACAUCGAGUUGUCGGAGCCUGUCAGUGAUGACAAGGCUUGGAAGCGUGAAUCUAUUCGCAGUGUCAAAGUCCCGCAGUCAAUCAUGGACAGACAACAGAGUGUUCACAUACAAUUUGGCCAAGUCCGAGAGUUCAUGCUGUUGGUCGAGGAGCUUAAACGACUUCGUCAAAGAGGAACGCACCUGGGUUUGCUGAACAGUCACUCAAGACAGCUAUGGGAGGAUGCAGAGAGUAUCAUUGACCUUGCCACGGUCAAUGAAGACGAAGAAAACUUUGCUCGUCCACCCUCACCCGUAUCAUCGGACAUCUUCGGAGAUGAAACUCCGCCUUCCAAACGACAGAUCGAAGAGGAGGGAGAUAAGGCACAUGAGCCAGGAAGACCACCUAAUCGACGGUCAAUCUCCAGUCCAGGGACACCGCCUUAUGGGAGGCCACGUGGUGAAAGCAUACAAACCAAGACAUUUCUUCAGACCAUUCACCAGCACCGUACGGUACCAGAAGAGUCACCUGCAGAGGUCCCCGUUCAGCAACGGGAUAAGCUUCCUUUUGAUACUCAAGACCUACGAGACCUGGUGGUUCGAGCAGGAGUCAUCACACGUGCGUUGAAAGAGAUCGUACGAAAAGCAGAGGGUGUCUCAUUGAGCCCUGAACGCGCUUCCGUCCCCCGAUUUUCGCACGAUCCUAUUUUCCGGCAAAUCUUUGAUCCACCAGAUUCAUCUCCUAGUCCAUCACUAAAGAAGCCUGCAGGUCUACCAAAGAGUAGAAGUGCUCACAGCUAUCUCGAUGGGGUAAGUCCUGGCAAAGAGCAUGAUAUUACACAAUCACUGAAAUACACUACUGUCGUGGAGGCAAAUUGA